CAGACUCGAGGCUCGGAGUACUAUUAUGCACCAUGAAGUGCUGGGUGGGGUUUGAAAGCACCGAGGUCUAGAAACAGCGUGCUGUCGUCUAUGAGCUGUUGAUCACAGAUGGCUGACAGGUGUGUCGGCUUCCUUGGUGGCUCUGUUUUUGCGUUCAUUAUGGCUCUCGCGUUCUGGCGACGGGCCGCUGACGAUACUCUCGCUGCAUUUCGUGGACUGCGAGCCAUCGCAGGCGUUGAGCCGACCCGACCGAUGAAGAUGCUCUCGAUCUUGAUGCACCCCAUUCACGAUAGAAUCCCCUAUGGGCAUUCAUGAGUCACUAGAUGCCGACAAUGUAUCUACAAGGCCUGAGGCAACAUGCGCGUCCAUCAAAUCAACACAUCCAGCGCUACUCUACGUUGACCAAUGCUCUCUUUGGCAUGCCAUCUCCAACCACCCGAAACAAUCCGACCAAGAGCCCUCAUCCCCG